GACCAAAGGUAAUAAACUUGUUCAUGUCUCUCGGUUUUCUCAACAAUAUUGAUCUUAAAAAUCGAUCUAUAUGUCAUCAAAAAGAUUGCUUUCUGGAAUAAUGGAGAAAAAUGAAGAAAAGGGUAUUAACAUGUCCCUCAUGGAUUUGCCUGAGGCCACUUUGGAUUGCAUUCUAAAAUGGCUGUCACCAAUUGAACUGUGUGUUAUGUCAAUGGUGUGUGCUUCUUUGAGGGAUAGGUGUGGAAGCAACCAUUUAUGGGAAAAACACAUGGAAUUCAAAUGGGGUAGAGUCAUUGGAGAAGUUGCUUACAAAGAGUGGCAAUGUCACAUUAGAAAAGCAAAGGAAGGAACACUCUUGGGUGAUUAUUUCACCAAUCUUAAUGGAUCUUUGGGAUCACUUAGUGGCACUUGGCCUGAUGAUUUGUACCUUGGUUCUUACUUAGAAGAUUGUGGCAAUCUCAAUGGUCAAUUUUCAAACAAGUUCAUGAAGGCCAUGUAUUUCUCUUUAGAGACGGGAAGGUUCUGGUUCCCUGCUCAAUUCUACAAGGGAUUGACAAUUUACAAUGCCUUGUUUAGCUAUGAUUCCAAAUCUGAUAUCUUUCAAGCAAGGCAACAUAAUGGUGGUUGGAGGUUUCUAGGAAAAAAUAUUGGGUGGGAUAUGGUGAGAAUUCCUCCUAUUGAAACUCCUCCCUAUACUCUUCAUAUCACUGACUGUUUUUACGACUUAAAACCGGGUGAUCACGUUGAGAUUCAACGCAGAGGAAUUACAGAAACUCAUUAUGGUUGGAGGUAUGGUGUUAUUGGCCACAUGGAAUCAUGUAAUGGGAAUGAGAAUUAUUGCCACUGUCAACACAAUGAGGAAUUGGUGGUGGAGUUCAAGCAAUACCCUGAAGCAUCAUACAUGAGAAAAGUAGUCCUAAACAGAAGGAAUUCAGGGGAACAAGGAAGCAGAGCCACUGGUUUCUUUGGUGGAAUUAGAAAGCUUCACAAUCACCAUGAUAUUCAUUUAUGGAAUAACCGCCUCACAGCACAAGCCCUCCAAUGUUUCAAUCUUGGAUUCAAGAAGCCCACCAACAAUCUCACUUAUAUAGCCUAAUUGACAGAAUUACUCAAUUUAAUGAUGAUGGAGCCUAGACUACACUAUGCACCUCCAGUAGAAGCACAGUAUCCUGUCCAUGGCCAUCAGUAGAGAUUUUGAAGUGAAUUUCAGGUAGAAAUGUAAUAAUAUGCUUCUUAAUUUUCCUUUUUUCCACUUCAAUUUCAAGUUCAAUUCCAUUUACACAAGUAAAUUUGUACUUAUUGGAUGCAAAAUUUUAAUUGGCCAUCAUACAUUAGUUCAUGAUUUUGCUGCAUGCAAUGCUCCUUAUGAAGAUAAGUUGAUAACUAGUAUAGUCUUGGCUUGUAUACUUGAACCCUGCCUGGUUCGUGAUGAUGAUUUCCGUUUUCUAAUUUUGCUUUUAUUUAAAGCUAUUCAGAUCAUAUUAUUGC